UAUAAUGUUAAAAAAAUAAAUUUAUAGUAUAACAUAAAUAAAGCGUUGUUUUUUGUGCUAUUUAUGCUAAGCGUGAUUGCUUAGUUUUAAAUCUCGUGCACACUUCUCGCGAGAGUUUCUGAUGACGUUUACGGAAGUUUACAUUCCGCUUCGGGUAAACGUGCAACUGAGCAGAAAAGCCGGCUGCUUGGUGUUUAAAGUUUGCUUGUUCGGGACAGUGUAACGUUAAAGAAUGUAUUCUGUUUUAAUAAACGCGGUCCUGAGCAGCUCUCCCGACUACGACGUGUUGUUUGAGUCUCUCUGUUGGCCGGGAGAGACUUGUUGGCCGGAGACGGAGCGUGUGGAGGCGCUGACGGCUCUCGUUGAAAGACUCGGACCUCUUCUGUCCGACUCCGGUUCGAGUCCGAUUACAGACGCGAAGAAACGCAGCAUUCAGGAAAAAACCGAGUCGGUCAUUUGGUCGAAGUGUCUGCCGUUCCUGUCCAGAAUAUCAGCGGAAGCAGACGAAGAAGCGCGCUGCAGGGAGAGCACCGCGGCUGCCUGCGGACUCCUCGGUGCCUGCGCCGCUSUGUGCGGCGAAAAGGUGCGGAGGCGAGUGGUUUUAUCCGCCCUGCGGUCCUUCCGGUGGUCAGAGGARGAGCCGGCUCAGGGGGGUCUCAGCGCGCAGGUCGCCGCUGAAGUUUUAGCAGCUCUCAUGCCUUUUGUUACAGCGGAUGAACAGCUCACAUCCAGCACCCUGAACUCCGCCUUGUCCUGCGUCAGGUCUCUCCAGGACGCGCUGCUGCUCUCCAGGAUCACAGUCCGAGUCCUUUUAAGGUUGCUGGACUGCUGCGGCUGUGAGAGGUCAGGCGGGAUCCUGAAGCGCGUCCUGGAUGAUGUGUGCGGCUGGCACUCCUCUGAGCCCAGCCCGGGGGCCACAGAGAGGGCCCUGCUGUGUUUCACCGUCUUAUCAGACCACUUCCUGAGGCCCCGCGGCUCCCCGGACCCCCGGCUGUCCCCUCAGUUCUGGAGGCUGGUUCAGGGUGGACUGGUCCACAGAGACGGAGUGUCACGUAAGAGGGCGCUGUACCUGCUGAAGAGAUGUGCAGCUCUGUCCGAGGAGGAGGGGGUGGACUGUCCUCUGUCUGCAUCACAGGAAGAGGAGGUGUUGUUCAGAUGGGCCCCUGACCACAGCAGYCUGCUGACAGAGUUCUGGGAGGAUUAUGUUUUGGUGAUGGAAACUCUGGAGGAAAACCAGGUUCACGUUGUCCGGCCAGUUUUAAACAGAAUCGACACACUGAUCCAAACAGCAGCGAAUGUCAGUCAAGCAUCGGGCCGGGGCCUCCUCCACCCYUCCUGGCUGCUGUGUGUGCAUCAGCGGAUGUUCCACAGUGAGAAUAAAUCCUUAAUGAGAGAAGGAGUGUGCCACCUGCUCGAGCUGCAGGUCCUCCAGCAGCCGCACUUUGCUUCGGCUUUUUCCCAGCUUGUUGUCGGUCCUUUUAUGGACGCGCUUUCUGAGAUGUCGCUCUUCUGCAGGUCACCCGGUCAGAGUGUAGGAGACUGUCCUGAGCUGGCUGUAAAACUCCAGAUUUUUAUGUCCACCUUCUUCAGCAGCCUGCCGUCUGAAGAGAGAGGUCAUGUGUUGCUUCAGCUGAUUCAGCAGCUGGGCUCUAAGCACUGGUGCGCGGUACCCCUCCUCUUCGUCUGUCAGGCUCUGUCCAAACUCCCCCCGAGUCCUCUGCUGAGGGACAGCGGGCUCUCUGCUCUCAGAGAGGUGCUGCGCUGCACCAUGAUCACCCAUCAGGUCCUGCUGAGAGGAGCUGCUCAGUGUUUUUUGUUAAACAGCGCCCUCUGUCUCACAGCAGUGAGUGAAGUGACCCUGGAUGACAUGUUUAGUUUCCUGACACAUUUCCGUGCCGAUGAAUCGUUGUGUAGAGGGACGGAGCUCUGGAAUCAGCUGUGUGCCUGGCUUUUGGAACAUGAAAACAGUUUCAAGCCCAGAAUGUUAGYUGAGGAUGAGGAUGCUGACACAAGAAAGGAAACCAUCAGAGCUUAUGUUCAAAGUGAAGUACUCUCCUAUCUCCAGGUUCCAGCUAGUACGGGCCAGCCUGAGAGGCUGCCUGACUGCAGAGAGGCUGAUAAGCUGGCCCGAGCCGUUCUGCUGUGUGUGGACGUGGAGCGGAUCCGCCUGGGAGCAGAGGUCAGUAGCGUCCUGGAGUCUCUGCUGCGCCCCCUGCUGGACACUCUGAGCAGGAUCAGCACCAACGUCUACCUGCCUGUACGGAAGAGCGACAAGAGCCUGCAGCUGCUGCUGCGACUGCUGCAGCUCGCAACAGGAGGUGAGGAAGGAGAUAAAGUAACUGCUGCCUUAAAACAGCUCAUUUUUAAACACGCCCAUCCAAUCCAGGAGUUCAUCUUGAGGCGUCUGUGUGGGGAGCUACAGGAGCUGUUUGACGUGGAGCGAGCAGAGCUGUAUCUGUGGGUCUGGAGGCAGCUUGUUCUCAUGUGCCGCAAUAAAAUCCAACCGUCCGGUUUCCCUAAACUCAUCAAGUACAGCCUUGCAGUCUUGCAAGAAGCAACCCAACCGAUCCCUUCUGUGACAAACCAGGUGGCCAGAGCUGUUAGUAUGGCCUCUCUGGCCACUGUCUGUGGUCUUAUGGAGCAGGAAGGGAUCGGCAAACAACCGGAAGUUGUUUCUGCUCUGAAAUCGCUGAAUCAUUACUUCUACAAUUCGACAGCUUCCUCAGAACGUCCGUCAUCUCUGGGGAGCAUCAACAAAUGCCUGAUGAAACCACAGCUAAUAGACGGCUCAAAUGAUCUUGAAGCACAAGGUUUUCUGCAGCAGGACUGGGGUCGCAUCUCCGCCACCUUUAUGUGGAACCAGUGGAUCUGUCUGAACUUCUUGGUUAAAGCCGCAGGAAUUCCCGAGUCAGCGGAGUUUUCCAAAACACCCGAGACUCUGAAAGCUGCUCUGAGUUGCAGUUUCGAGGCCCUUUCUCUGCUGCCCAGUGACCUGGUACUGCCGGCGCUGGACUUCAUGAAGACCGUGAUGCCACAGUUACUGCAGCAUGAGGAGGCCCUCUGCGUGCAGGCGGUGACUCUGAGCUGGGAGCUCGUACAGGCGCUCAGCACUAACGCUCACAACUUCUGGCCAGCAUUAAAAGGCUUCAUAUCCAUGGCCUUUCAGCACAAACUCCUCCAGCUGACGCACGCCGAAGCUCCGACCCUCACGGCCGCUCUCAAACAGGUUUCCUCAGAACUGCUGGAACUGUCUCAGUCAAAAAGCGGCGUGUUUGGCGUUCUGCUUCAGCACUGCUGUCAGACAUGGCUGCCCACAGACCCGUGCAGCGGUGAGCAGGCAGACACGGUGUUUUCUAGUGUUUUCAGCCACGUCAACAUAGUCGCUGACGCCUGCGUUUAUGGACCAGUCCUCAGGAGAGAUCAGCGACUCGUUUCCGAUGUCCAAAUAUAUGUGGAGCAGCUCGGUGAAAAGUGUGCAGCUAAUGUCGCAGUUCUUAGCGACAACAGGGAUGAUCAGCUGCCCCGCACAUGUGUGCUGACUUUUCUUAACUCGCUGGAAUCCUCUAAUCAGCAGCAUGAAAGGCUCCUAGAGGAGUUAGUUGUGCAGUUGUUGAAAAAGGAUAACAUCAUAUCAAAGUCUAAAGUACGCUACCAUAGUAACUCCCUGCAACAUCGGGUCAAAAACAGAGUGUGGCAAACACUGCUGCUGGUGCUGCCCAAACUCAGAGAGGAGUUUGUUUCCUCUCUGCUGAACCGUGUGUUUGAAGCUGGAUUCUGCAGCAACCAACCCUCAGUGAAAUACUUGAUAGAGUGGAUGAUGAUUCUAAUCCUAGUCCAGUAUCCGCAACAUAUUGACAGAUUUUGGACUUGCUUUAAUCUGGAUCAUGAACAGACCAAAACAAGUGUCUGCACCUUCRUGUCUGUUCUGAUCCACUUUAGUGUUAUUAUUCCACAAGUUAAGGAAAAGGAGGUGCAGCUGCGUAAAGCCCUGGACGUGGUCUUGCAGUCGUGUUUCAGUCACAACUUCAGCGUGCGCCUGUACGCCUUGCUGGCUCUGAAGAAGGUGUGGAGCCUGGCUGAAGGCCUGGCAGAGGCGGCCGACGCGUUUAGCGGGAUGUCUUCUGUGGUCAAAGCCUGUCUGAACCAGGCUGAGGCCAUGCAGAGCUCUGGAAAUGCCAACAAGAACUGGGUGAAGAUUCAGGGGCACUUCUUCUUUGGUGCCUUUCAUCCUGUCAGAGAUUAUAGUGUUGAGACUAUAUUCUACACUUUUCCCAGUCUAUCAGAGGUGGCUGAUGAUGAGUGGAUUCCACCAUGGAAGUUUGAGAAGCUGUCUUUGUUUUCUAAAAACCCAUCAUGUCCUUUGAGAAAUGUCGCUCCUGACUUGGGCCAGCUCCAGCCUGGAGACUGGAUUCAGCAGGACAGAGGCGAACAGGACAAGGAGGAGCGCUGGGCCGAGGUGCAGAAGAAGAUCACACCCUGGAGGUUAGGCAUCCAGGAUCAGGAACCAGAACUUCAGCUGGUGCCAGCGCAGAGAGCUGCUCGGCUCGGCAAACAGCAGGGCGCCCUGCUGGUUGUUGCUUCACUCAUCGACAAGCCCACCAACUUAGGAGGUCUUUGCAGGACAUGUGAGAUAUUCGGCGCCAGAGCUCUGGUUCUGGACAGCCUCCAUCAUAUCAACGACAAACACUUCCAGUCCCUGAGUGUCUCAUCUGAGCUCUGGCUUCCUUUGAUCGAGGUGAAGCCUGUGGAGCUCUCGGAUUUCCUGCAGGUGAAGAAGAGUGAGGGUUACUGCAUUGUUGGAGUGGAGCAGACGGCCAACAGURACAGCCUCCAGGACUACCACUUCCCUGAGAAAACACUGCUGCUUUUGGGCAAUGAACGAGAAGGCAUUCCUGCAAAUCUGCUCCAGAUGUUGGACGUGUGCGUGGAAAUCCCCCAACAAGGGGUCAUCCGCUCACUCAACGUGCACGUGAGCGCGGCURUGUUGGUUUGGGAAUACACUCGGCAGCACCUCGGCCCUGCCUCGUCUGAAACCGCCUUAAAAGACAAUUAAAAAGUGAGGCAGCGGGUGCAGCCUGACAGAACUCCUCACCACCAGGUGGUUUUCCACAGGCUUAAUGUUGUGAUUUUAUAGACCUCUGUGUUCUUCAGAGCCUGGACUCUGUUUCCUGAGGGUUCUGUGUGCUUACCAGUCAUCGGCUUUAAUAGGAGUCAUGAAUAAAGAUCAGUUCUGGUUAUUACAGCCAAAUGUUCCACUUGCUGUGAAAUGAAUUGGAACCAUCUUUGUUUUGGCAGAGCAGCAGCGUAAACAGACAUUUUCUUCUUGUGUCUCGCUCAUGUGAGCAAUUAGUUAUUGCUUCGGAUCAUUAUGACUAGAUUAUUAUAUUCACACUCUAUUACAUAUUCAAAUAAUACUAUUGUUUUAGCAUAUUUAAAGUUUUUUAUUGCAGAUUGAGGAGAAGUUGUAAUAUUAUUA